UUUACCUACUUUCAACAACAAACAACAAAUUUUCAAAAAUGUUCAAACUUUUGGUUGUGCUUUUUGCUGCUCUCUUUGCCGUUGCAUUUGCUGUGCCAUCACCAGUAGCUGGCCCAUCUCCAGUUCCAGUGGCAAGCCCUAAUCCCGCACCAGUGCCAGCUCCUCAAGUUUAUUAUGGUACACCAUAUGCUUACUCUGGUUAUUAUGCUUCACCCUACUCUUACUAUGGCUAAUAGUUUUACACUAUCAUGUGGAAAACGCUAAAUUGGAUUACGACCACGGAUUCCUCUGACCUCAACAGAUUAUUUUUAAUAUUAAGUAUUUGUUAAAAAAAUUGUGUUGUUUUAUUAAUACUCGCUUUUAAAAUGAUGAAAA